GGGAGCCGUAUCUCCACUUGCUGCACGCCUCGUCGACGCAAUCGACCGCCUCGAAGAACCACCACGUCCUCCGUCUUGGCCAUCUAGCAUUUCCACGGCCAGCCCUGCCCCCGACCCGACGACCUCCCCGCGGCCUCGACCACCAUGACUAUGGUCCGGCAGUAUCCCCCGCAGCCGCAGACGCCGCUAUUCUCUCCGCUAGGACCUUACCAACAACCACACCCCGCCUCUCCGCACGGCCAGCUGCUUCGGAGUGCCUCGGGAUUCGAUCAGAGAAGCCUGGCUCAGCAGCCGCUCCCGCAGCAGUACGCCCAUCCGCUCUCACGACAUAAUUCUUACCACUCGCAAAGCUCGGACAAUGGGCGGGACAGAGCGAAGCCGCCCGAACACAUGCUUCGGCGCAAGACGCCAAACGGCAUACUGGCCGCAGCCUACGAUGGCACCUCAGUCGAGCAGACUGAGAAGCCGCAUGCGACGAAGCACAUUCUCUUGCCCGUGACUGCCGAAUCGAGUAUCCCCUACGGCCUCAAGCAGGAGCUACCUCUCAGAUCCCCAGGCAUGAGCAGCGACUUUGGUCAGCUCAAGCAGGAUGGCACUUCCGACUGGAGUCCUACCUUAUACUUCGAAACAGGAUCAGGGCGGGCAGGCGGCCAACAUCCCCUGCCUCAGAUUGAUUCGAUGCUGAACCAGAUACCCCCGUUGCAACCACAUCCGCACUAUCAAAUGUACGGCACCGGCUUCUGUGGAGCAAUGGAGCCUUCGCUGCAGAGUCACCUCGGCCCCACUGUUUCGAAUGAUCAAGGCCCAUUCGGACCCUACUGGCACGAUGGCACAUUCAUACCCUAUCGACCGGCCGCCUUACGGGAUCCGCGCUUCUACAAUCAUCAUGGACCAAAUUGGAACCAUCCCCAACAUACCGCAUACCUCAACCAUGCAUACAACAAUGCCAUGUCCAACCUCAACACUCUUCAGCAGAAUCAUUAUCAGCUACAGCAGCCGCAAAAUACUUACGCUAACAUAGGGAGACCAUCCAUGGAUUUCCCUGCUCCGUUCCCGCAUCCGCAUCAUAAUCACACAUUAGACUUCCAAAGCCAGCCGCUUCCACUACCGCCGAGCCAACGCCCGCAUCCUGAUUUCUCCGUGUCAACCUCUGGCCAGACAACGCCAGUAGCUGAUCACACACCGGUAUCAACGCCGCUAACCGAGUUCGGACCCCUGUCCAUGAAUGCACAGACGAGGGAGAAGGUGUUCGCUUGGGCGCAUACUGUGUACGUCGACCUGUUGAAGUACUUACAGUCAACGCGCAAGGCACACACGCAUCAUCAUCCAAAUGGACAUCAGCAACCUGCUAGACCUCACAUAUAUCCCAAACCACCACGGCAACCCGGCGCGAACUUCUCGAGCUCAUCCAGCAGCAACACUCCCCAACCAUCUGAACGGCCUGAUCUCUCUCAGACACCCAAAUUCGAUCCUCAAGCGCCGCAAUCAAGCAGAGAUGCGUUCCAAAGACCAGUUCACCACCGCUCGUCGUCGGCGUGGUCUCUAGGGGGGCAUGAUCCGAAUAUGCAAAGACAACCUUGGCAAUCUGUACCACAGACGCCUUUGGCAAACAUGCAUUCGAUUCAUCCACAAAUUUCCGGUAUCGAGCCGCUACGUCCUCUACGACGCAUGUCAGGCUCCGUCGCAGGCGUUCAUCAGAGUCUCCGCCUCGAAGUGCCCCCGAGCAUGACCGCCGCUUCGGCUCUAGAUGCAAUCACAAAGCAUUGCGAAGAAAGUAAAUGGAAUUGGAUAGACGGCAUUCUUCUAGGCGGAUGCCUUGCAUAUGCGCUCGGGGAUUACCAAAAAGCUCAAGAAUGGUACAAGCAUAUUUUAACAUUAGACACAGAACAUGUUGAAGCGACUUCCAAUCUUGCCGCCACCCUUCUGGCUCUUCACCAGAAACGAGAGGCAGAGCGGUACUGGAGACGAGCCGUGAAGCUGAGACCUAGCUAUUUCGAGGCGGUAGAACAUCUGAUCGGAUUGUUGUGCAGUGAUCACCGGGGUCAAGAAGCUGUACAGAUCAUCGAAGAGGUGGAACGCCAAUUGAAGAUAAUCAAGAAGGCAGAUGUCCUGAAGAAUGCCGAUCUGCAGAGCGAACGUUCCACGUCGUCCGUGAGCGAGUCACCAAGCAUCUCGGAAGUGUCGGAUAAGCCAGUGUUCGAAUUUGACGGCGAAAACGAACCCAUCUUCAAGGAUCUUGAUGAGCUGCCAGGUUCUGACCAGCCAGGUUUCGGCUCAAGCGGCUAUGCCAUUCCAGGGUGCGAUAACGGCCGCAUCCUUGCUUUGGUCCAUGCAAAGGGCAAUAUGCUGUACGCUCUGGGUGACAAUGCUGGUGCUGCAAAAGCAUUCGAGAAUGCUGUGCUCAUUGGCGCCGGUCUUCAGGUCGAAGAGAUCAGCGGGCUCAUCAAGCAUAUCCUAUCCGUUGUUGGGUAUGGUGCAGCGGAACGCUCUCCCGGUGGUCGCCGCAUUCCUCCGUCCACCGACCCAAUCCUGCUCCACCCGGAUCCGGCUUUGAAGACUGCGCAGUUGUGCUUCCCGCCACAUGGACAGCUACCAGGCCUGAAGUAUGUGCCCAGCGAGGGCAUGGCCCGGAAGGCCGCCAUUUCAACCACGAGCAACUCGCUUCUCUCGCUAGCAAAGAUCUUUCAAGAUGGGAUGGCAACGAAUUCGCCCAAGGCUACCGCUUUCCAGAGCAAUUACGGAGUCAGGGAGAUCCUUGCCUUGUACUAUCUCUCGCUCUCGCUGCAGCCAAGCCCAUCCACCGCAAACAACGUCGGUAUUCUCCUCGCUAGUGUUCAGCAAUCAGCACCUUCAAAGCAUAUUCCGGUCUCGAACCCGAUGCCCAAGCCACAAAUUCCCGGUUUGGUGCCAGGAAGCGGCAUCGCUCUUGCGCUUGCAUAUUACAACUACGGACUACUGCUCGACUCUCGACACGCGCACCUGUAUACGAACCUCGGAAGUCUGUUGAAGGACAUUGGCCAGCUUGAUGUUGCUAUACAGAUGUACGAACAAGCUGUUGCAUGCGACAAGAAUUUCGACAUUGCUCUCGCCAACCUCGCGAAUGCAGUUAAGGAUAAAGGUCGUAUCAGCGAUGCUAUUCUGUACUAUAAGAGAGCUGUGAAAGCCAGCCCGGACUUUGCCGAAGCAGUUUGUGGACUUGCUAAUGCGUUGAACUCAGUUUGUGGAUGGAAUGGAAGAGGCGGGAUUGCGGAUGACCGUGGCUCCCGAGACCGCUGGCACGUCGACGAGAACGGCAUGCUGUUGGACGCCAGAUUACCAGGUGCUAAGAGCGGUGGUUGGAUCUACAAAGUCGUGAACCUAGUUGAGAAGCAGCUUGCUGAUGGCGAAGAUUGGGGACGAGGCAUUUUGAAUGAGCAGUUCAUCCAAGAUGUCAUCCGGCCGCUCGCCCUUAUCGACGGGACUUCGCAGGACAUUAAAGAGCAGCAAGUUAACAUGAGGGGGACACUCAUCAAGUGGCAAGGGCAGAAAUGGGAAGGUGCAAGAAUAGUUCGCCUUGUCGAGCGAGCCAUUAGGAGGCUCACUUGGCAAUGGUACCAGGACCGGUACAUAUCUGGAGGCAAGCAACGACCGUCCGCCGCCUACCGAAGACCCCAACUUCCGGCUGCCCUAACGGUUCCCGCCGCGCCUACAGUUCUCCCAUUCCAUACCUUCACCUGCCCCAUGUCAGCAAAGCAGAUUCGUAUGAUCUCUCAGCGAAAUGGCCUGCGGAUAUCGUGUUCAACGCUCAGGGCGUCAUGGCUUCCCGCGACCGUGUACCAACCUCCUUCUCCUCCAAAUCCCUACCUGAAGGUUGGCUAUGUCUCCUCAGAUUUCAACAAUCAUCCGCUAGCGCAUUUGAUGCAGUCAGUAUUCGGACUACACAACCCGUCUCGCGUCAAAGCUUACUGCUAUGCCACGACUGCUAGCGACGGCUCCAUCCAUCGCCAGCAGAUCGAACGGGAAGCGCCAGUGUUCUAUGAUGCCAGCAACUGGCCAGCGGAGCGCCUCGUCGGUCAGAUCAUCAACGAUGGCAUCCAUAUCCUGAUCAACCUGAACGGAUAUACCCGCGGUGCGCGAAACGAGGUCUUUGCUGCACGUCCUGCCCCUAUCCAGAUGUCGUUUAUGGGUUUCGCUGGCACUCUUGGUGCUGAAUGGUGUGACUAUCUCCUCGCGGAUGAUACCGCUGUGCCACCAGACACCCUACGGGGCUGGCGCCGCAACAUCGACAUGGGAGACACCCUAAUCGAUGAGAAUAGCGGAGGCUCGGACGACAACUGGAUCUAUGGCGAGAACAUCGUCUACUGUCGCGACACGUUCUUCUGCUGCGACCACCGACAGAGCGCUCCCGAUGCGCAUGGCCGGCAACUCAACUGGGAAGAGGAACAGCAUCGGCGGUGGGCCAUGCGGAAGGAGAUCUUUCCCAACCUACCCGACGAUGCCAUCAUCCUCGGCAACUUCAACCAGUUGUACAAGAUCGAGCCUACAACCUUCCGCACCUGGCUUCGCAUCCUGCAGCGACUUCCGAAGGCCGUUCUUUGGCUCCUCCGCUUCCCAGACCUGGGCGAAACUAACCUCAAGCAAACUGCCUACAUGUGGGCUGGCGCUGAAGUCGCCUCUCGCGUAAUUUUUACCGACGUUGCUCAAAAGAGCCAGCACAUUUCGCGCGCCCGCGUAUGCGAUCUCUUCCUAGACACUCCCGAAUGCAACGCACACACCACCGCAGCCGACGUCCUUUGGUCCGGGACACCUCUUCUCACACUCCCACGGUACAAGUACAAGAUGUGCUCGCGCAUGGCGGCGUCGAUUCUCAAAGGCGCGCUACCAAAGUCUCCAGAAGGGCGGCAGGCUGCGAAGGAACUCAUCGCGGACAGCGACGAAGAAUAUGAAGAGAUGGCUGUCCGAUUGGCGAGCGACUGCAUCUACCACGGUCAUAGAGCUACGGGUCGAUUGAGCCAGCUUCGCCACAUACUUUAUGAGAGUAGAUGGACUAGCGCGCUGUUUGACACUAGGAGAUGGGUUCGCGAUCUGGAAGAUGCUUACGAGGUUGCAUGGAAGAAGUGGGAGAGGGGUGAAGGUGGGGAUAUCUGGUUGAAGCAUAGCCAGCCUGCAAGGGCUGUGUAAAGGAGCACGGAAGGCGAUUUGCAGUGGAGUUGAAAGCAUAUAUUGCAUUCACUGGGUUAGAGUUGUGUUAUUCUGCUAUCAUUCU